AUGGCACCCUCUGACACCGGCGCUGUCGAGAUGGUCGCGGAGAGCCAGCAGCAGCCGCACGGGCACACAGCUCCAGAUCCAGAUCAGAAACAGCAAGAGGAGCAGGCACAACACGAGACAGGACUUGAACAGACGACACAGGAGGCGUAUGCACGGCCACCGGCUCGACGACUCCUAAUCCUCGUCAAGACCCGGCAUGCAAACGCCGCGGCGGACGCGUGGGACAACCCCGACGCUCUGUUGGAUCGUGCUGUCAGCUACCUUCAACGCACGUCUCUUCCGACGCUCACGCGCGAAGACUGUCGCCUGAUGGCGGUUGAGCGCUGGAACCCGUACACGUUUGUGGUGUGCGACCUGUUUCACGACGACUACGACUUUGACACGGCACAUUUGGACGACAAGCGGAACAAGCUGCCUGUUGUUGUCCUACGUUCGCGCCACAGCGACAACCACCCCUUCAAGCAAGAUCCAGGCGCACCCGGGGGUUUGUUGGAGAACUUGGUGAACAAGAGUCUGCAGGAGGCGCACGAGCUGCAUGGUUGGCGACUCCACCCUCCCUUUAAGAUUGACCACAAAGACGGCAUGUGCCCAGCGUACUACGCACCGCGGGCGCUGGGACGCGACCGUACAUCUUGGCCGGCCGUUGAUGUCACAUAUUCACGGUACCCCGGACGAGAGGACGAACAGCGAUUCGAUCAAUAG